GGGAAGCUUUGAGGACGUGUUCUGAGGAAGCCAGAGGCCGGGCCGGUAGGGCCGGCGACAUGGAGCCACUGUACCAACAAACGCACAAGCAGGUCCACGAGAUCCAGUCUCACAUGGGACGCCUGGAGACGGCAGACAAGCAGUCUCUGCACUUAGUAGAAAAUGAAAUCCAAGCAAGCAUAGACCAGAUAUUCAGCCAUCUAGAACGUUUGGAGAUUUUGUCCAGCAAGGAACCCCCUAACAAAAGACAGAAUGCCAAACUUCGAGUUGACCAGUUAAAGUAUGAUGUCCAGCACCUGCAGACUGCUCUCAGAAACUUCCAGCACCGACGCUAUGCCAGGGAGCAGCAGGAGAGACAGCGAGAGGAGCUUCUGUCUCGUACCUUCACCACUAAUGACUCUGCCACCACCAUACCAAUGGACGAAUCACUGCAGUUUAACUCCUCCCUCCACAACAUUCACCACGGCAUGGAUGACCUCAUUGGAGGCGGGCACAGUAUUCUGGAGGGACUGAGGGCCCAGAGACUGACCUUGAAGGGGACUCAGAAAAAGAUCCUUGAUAUUGCCAACAUGCUGGGCUUAUCUAACACGGUGAUGCGACUCAUUGAGAAGAGGGCUUUCCAGGACAAGUACUUCAUGAUCGGCGGGAUGCUGCUCACCUGUGUAGUCAUGUUCCUCAUGGUGCAGUACCUGACUUGAGCCGGCCACACCCAGUGGCUGGACAUUGUUCCCACUGCGAGACUGUGUGAAUGUGAGUGUGUGCACGUAAGAGAGAGAAGGGCCUAGAGGCCACCUUUUGAAAUGUAUGCCUGACUUAACUGUGAAGACCACUUAGGAGUAAUUGUGAUCAAACUGCUCUUUUUUCUGAGACAUCUUGGUGAGCUAGUGCCACCAAGAUGCGUGGUAUGUAGAAAGUGAAAGAAGUUCUGAUUCUCUCACCCUCACUCUCACUGGGGGAGGGAAGGGAUGGCUUUGUCCACAUGACUGUGUGCACCUGGAGAAGGCUUCUGCAGUGAGCCUCAUGCACAGGACUGUUCACACUGUUCACACCUUGUCAUCAGCAGCCUUUGAGGCUCCUGAUGAAUAGGCUGGAGCAUGAGCAGAAAGGAGAGGGAAGAGGCCUUUUCCUGCACCUGUUGCAGUGGAUCAGUUUACACACUCUUGCUCCUGCCACCCUCCCCCAGCAACUGACAUGUAGAUGACUAACUGCUAACACUCAUCAUCCUUUCCUGGAAGCAGCAACCUAGGAGAAGCAGAGACAUUAAAGGUAUUGCUGAUAAGGGUAAGCUUUUCCACACUAUGGUUGCUGGGCGUUUGUCCUUCCUGAAGGAAGGCCAGUGUUCCUGGGAAUGUUCAGUCUGGAGACUGAAGACCCGAGUCACCAAUUUUUUUUCAAGUAUUAGAAUGGUUAGCUCUCUUAAAACUCAGAGACUGCAGCUGGGCACCUCUGCCCAGGCUUUGAUGGGCUUUUGCGUCUUAAGAAGGUGGCAAUUAGCAAAGGUUAGUUAUUUGUCAGUUACAGUCUCGUCUCUAGUUCUAACAUCUCUUAAUUCUUUGGCUCUCUUCUCUUCCUUGAAAUACAUUAGCACCUGCCUCGCCAGGGUAGGUCACCCUGGAGAUGUCUCUGAUUAUAUGUUCUUGUGAGACUUUCCAGGAACCAGAAACUUUCCCUUCUUCCCAGCCCUGGAUUAAGGCUGUAACAAUACCUGGAGUAUUGUGGAAUUCAUUAUAAAGCCAGUCUGUCUUGAAGUCUAUCUAAUGUGAUAAAUUUCUGAAAGUACCAGAAAGACCUGGUGAGUGUAGUUGUUCAUCUGUCAGAGAACAACUGUCCUACCAACCCUAGGCUUAGCCUCAUGGCGAGGCAACAUAACACUCAGAAUUCCCCGGAACUAGAAACCUGGUCAGUAUUAACUCCACCCUUGAUCAUUCUACUUACACUUUGUCUUUGUUCCUUGUAGCUUAAACUGUCUUGUGCCUCUUUUCCCUCCUACUGUGUAUGGUCUCUUCCCUCCCUUACUCACCUGUUUCAGUAGCAAUACUGGUCUCUUCAGGCAUAUGUAUUUGUAGCGUAACUCCUCCUUUGGUGAAUUUUCUUAAUUGUCACAGAUUUUUAACAUGAAUUUUCUGGGUACUAAUUUCAGAUUUCUGAUCAGAAGAGACAUCCAUUACCCCUCCCUACCCCUCUGGGCUAAACAGGGACCCUAGAUUUCCAGGAAGGAGGAAUCUGUGACCCCUUCUGAAAAGGAUUAACAGCCCUGCAGAGCAAAAACAGUGACCUGAAGCAGGGACAGUGGGGCUGCAGCAUCUUCAACCUGCCUUUGGGAGGCAUUUUGAAAUCUUCACCAUGCUCAGCACAGAGCUCUUGAGGGUCCAUAAAAUGGAUUAUUAGGCUGCAGAGACCUGUCUUGUCUCCUGGGCACCUGAGGAUUCUGCCAGACAGUACACUUUGGAGGAAGGUGUGCAAGUCGCAACUGAGCCAUUUGGACUUGAACUCUGGGAGACAGACACCUCCAACCCCCGGCCCUGUUGGCUGGUAGGGCAUCUUUUUGUAGUGAAUACCAGUUUCCUCACCUGCCUUUAUAGUGAUUCCUGGCUUUGAUAAACCUUCAUGCCUCACCUUUGCAGCAGGUUCUCCCUACUUGGGAAUAAAAGUUGUGGAGGUGGUGUGUGAGUCUUUACUGCCUGGGGCUGGGAAUGGUGUUCUGUGUCUGGUGAUUCCAGGGCACUGAGAGGGCUAUUGUCACAGAACUACCAUCCUUCCCAUUUCGUGUCCAGUGCCCUACUGGGCAAGAAGUGCGUGGCCUGAGUGCAGGAAAGGGUCCCAGUCUAGGGGACCCUAGACUCCUCCCCAGUUUAGGGGAGGAGCGCCCUCUAGUGGGGUCAGGGUGAAUUCUUAGGUGGAGCUAGCUAGAAACUCCAAAAGGUGGCCUUAGCCACCUGGUGCAGCAGUUAUGCUGCCUGCUGGGGUUUGCAGCAGGUGAGUUGCCAGGAGGAACUUUGAAUACCCUUAUUACAUGGAUGUUUAUUCCAGGUCUGGUCACUUUAAGAAAAGCCAGAUUCAAGAUCAAAUUAAUACAAUAGUCCUGGUUUUAUAGAAAAUUUCAUGCUGGGUUUUUCACUAAAGCCACUUUCCCUGUUGAAUGUAAGUGGAUUUGAUUUGCAAGUUUGAAUUUCCACUCUGUUUUUGAAACAUCAGCUGAAUAAAGUUGAGAUUUAUUUUA